AUGCGAACGCGGCACGUCUGGCUGCUCCCGGCGGCGCUGUUUGCCGUAGCCCGAUGUCAGAAUCAGCCCCUAUUCGUGGCCGACCCGAUCAAGGACCCGGCAGACGAUUUCCCGAAGGUGUCUAGUGGUGUCAGCCGGAACGCGAGGAUUGGGGCACAGGACCCAUUUGCCGCUGAGAAGGUGACGAAAAUCGAGGAGACCAAAGAAGAACAAGACUACAAGGAUGGCGAGGAGUACACCGACGCCGAGGAUACGGAAGAUUCGGCUCACGAGAAAGACGACCUCCCCGCGGAGAAGGCAUUUGAGGUCACGUUUACGACAAGUACAGUGGAGCCCUUCGGAAGCGACGAGUCGAUCUUCAAGUCCCGCGAGAUGGGAGCCGCAGCUCAAAGCGCGGAAAUUACGACAGAGGUACCCAAAGAAACGACUGAGGCGGAGGAGGAGGAUGAGGACGAAGAAGAGGAGGAUGAGGAGGAAGCCACUACGGAGAAGGAGAUGACCACGAAGGAGAUUGCCGAGGAGUUCAAGAGUCUGGAGAUGACAACCCCAAAAAUGCCAUUCCGCCCAAUGACCAUAAACAGUCUACCGGAAGAGAAGAUCGACAUCCCGAAGUCGGUGGAGAAACCGAUGACCGGCAGCCAAAGCGAAGAGGAGACGAUCAUCGUCAGCGCCGAGACCCCCGCUCCCGCUUCGGCGGAGACGACCGCUUCAGAGGAAGCCAGCCAGGAGACGACCAUCGCGUCAAGUUCAAGCAGGCCAACCCAUACUAUCGUCUGGUCCACGGAGAUGGCCUCGAAUGAGAUGAGGUCGACGGAAACGACGAAGGAGCUCGAAAACUCCCAAGAAACCCCAACGGAGCCCUCGAUCAGCACCGAAACCAUGGAGAACAGCCACGAAACCACCAUCGACCCCGACUCCAAAACCACCACCAUCACCGUGAUGGAGACGACUUCCCUGGUCGCCUCGCGGGCCACGUUCACGAUUCGCGUGCUGAGCGUCGAGUGGCUGUCCGAUUUCACGGACCCGGAAAGCGGCAAGAGCAAGAAGCUGAGGGAGCAACUUUUGCCGCCGCUCCGAGACCUGUUCAACUCGCUGGUGGCGGAGUUCGUGAACGUCGAGGUGGACGGGGUGGAAAUGGCCAAUUCUGGGGUGAUUGUGAAGGGGGUGAUCUACACGAAGCGAGCCGUCGAUGACCCAGAAAUGGUGGCCACGAGAUUGGACGAGGAGCUGCUGAAGCGUGAGGGGGCUCUCGGAGAGCAUAUGGUCGACCCGAACUCGAUUUUGGUCAAUGACGUCCCCUCAAAGUCGGUGAUCUCGGCCUCCGGAAUUGUGCCCGGAACGGCCAACGGCGGAAUCCCCACCUCGGACACGCCGCUCAUCCUGGCGCUCGUCCUCCUUGCCCUCCUCGCCAUCGUCGUCGUCUCGAUUUGCGUCAUUAUUGACUAUUCCUCGAUGAGCAGCUACCGCCCGUCGUUCUGGGGCUACGACCAGAUCGGCGCCUCAGAAUCCCCGUUCGCUGAGGGCUACCGCCGAUACGAGCCGCAUUAU